AUGGAUUCUGGUAAUAGUGGGAGCCUGCAGUCAUCUAGUGGUGGUGAUGAAGAGUACGAUUCACGCGCCACCUCUAUCUCAGCUUUCACGAGUAACCCAAAAGCCCAGGUUGGCCCUAUUUCUCUAUCAUCACAACCACUUCAGCCGCUGCCGCCACAAAACCUCACUCACACAACCAUGUUUGAUUCACUCUCAAAUUAUUUACAUCUUCAAAAUCCGAGCUUUCUUUAUAAUCCCAACGUGAUCUUAUCCAAAACCCUAGGAUCUGACCCAUCCACUAAUAUCAUCAACCCUAUACUCUCCUCGUCUCCAUUUCUGGACAUUUUCAGUACUGUUCAAUCACCUACACUUUCUGCAUCACCAGUACCAGCUGCUGUAUCAGGACCUUCUGAUAAUCAUAAUCAUGAUCUUAAUCAAGUUGCACGUAACCCAAAGAAAAGAUCGAGAGCUUCUAGGCGUGCACCAACUACUGUUUUGACUACAGAUACCACCAAUUUCAGAGCCAUGGUGCAGGAAUUCACUGGCAUCCCGGCCCCACCAUUCACUUCUUCACCCUACCAGAGAAGUAGGAUUGAACUUUUUGGUAAACCCACCGUGGCCGUCAGAUCUAGCUCUGUGGAUACUGCACAGCCGCCGUAUCUUCGCCGGCCGUUUCCUCAGAAAAUGCAACCACCAGCAGCUCCUCCGCCGUUGCCGCCACCACCAUUUCUUUCAUCUGCUUCGUCUUCUUUUCUUCACCCUCCUCAAAGUUCCAAUUUUUUCACUUCACUCCUUCAACCCACUAUGAAAUUUCCACUUUCCAACUCGGCCGCCAUGAUCGGCUCUAAAGCUCAAGAUUCAUUAGAAAUUCCUUCAAACUAUUCACAUAUGAAAAUGGGGAGCUUGGAUGAAUAUGCAGUUAGUCCAAGAAAUGGUGAUCAAUUUCAAGCGAGUGGAAAUUACUACCACUUUCCAACGAAUUCUAUGAAUGGAAAGAUGAGUUACUUGGCUAAUUCUUCUCCCAGUUUCCACGGUGAAAAGAGGCCGGAUAGUGUCGCGGCCACAAGGGGUGAAGGUAUGGUGGAAUCAUGGACAUGUUCUUCAGACUAG